CUCCCCUUCUCUUUUUUUGUAACCAAAGCUGGAUGUGUAGAACGUCACAUAUUGUUUCCCUCUUCACUCCGGUCACUUUAGCGAUAUGGGUUAUUUACUGUUAAACAGCUACAGACGCCGAACGCACARCCGGCGCCUGGAGUGAAACAGUGUCUCUGAGAGAUACGGACUAUACAGAGUUUCUCUCCAGCCUUCGAUAAGUGAGGAUAUAACAACAGGUUAACGAAAGUGAGAUUUGUUUUUUAAACGAUAGAAUGGCGAGUCCUCCAAAUACUGGGGGAGGACACUUGUUAUCCAACGCGAACAUUAGUAACACAAAGAUUAAGAAAUGUGGAUACCUCAAGAAGCAGAAGCACGGACACAAGCGCUUCUUUGUUCUGAAGGAGCCGGACGAGGGCUUCCCUGCCCGGCUGGAGUACUAUGAGAGCGAGAAAAAAUGGAAAAACAAGUCAGCGGCAAAGAGGGUUAUACCUCUUGACUGCUGCCUCAAUAUCAACAAGAGAGCUGAUGCCAAACACAAACACCUUAUCGCCCUCUAUACCAAGGACGAAUAUUUUGCUGUGUCAGCAGAGAAUGAACAGGAGCAGGAGAAUUGGUACAGAGUCUUAACUGAUUUAAUGAGCGAGGGGAAAGUGUACUCAGAUGGCUCCGCAUCCAAUUCCGCGUCCUCGCUGGUGGGGUUUGAUGAGGCGAACUACGGGAUGAUUACGCCGGUAACGGCUGUGUAUAAGGAGGUAUGGCAAGUUAACCUAAAAUCCAAAGGGCUGGGACAGAGCCGGAAUCUUACCGGGGUGUACAGGCUGUGCUUAUCCAGCCGGACUAUCAGCUUUGUAAAGCUCAACUCGGAUGUUGCGUCCGUCAGUUUACAGCUGAUGAACAUUAGGAGAUGCGGGCACUCUGAGAGCUUUUUCUUCAUCGAAGUCGGCCGGUCAGCAGCCACGGGACCAGGCGAGCUGUGGAUGCAGGCUGACGACUCAGUGGUGGCGCAAAACAUCCACGAGACUAUUCUGGAGGCGAUGAAAGCCAUGAAGGAGCUGUCAGAGUUCCGGCCGCGCAGCAAGAGCCAGUCAUCGGGCACUAACCCCAUUUCCGUGCCCACCCGGCGGCACCACAACAACCUUCCCCCAAGCCAGACCGGGCUCCAGCGACGGUCGCGCACUGACAGCAUGGCCAAAAAGUCCCCCAUGAGUAAAUUCACCUCCUGUCGGAUACGCACUGCCAGUGAAGGAGAUGGCACCAUGUCGCGCACCUUGCCUGUGAACGGGAGUCCCCUCAGCCCUGGUAUUCACCGGACACUAUUAGGGAGCUCAAACACCAUCACAGCCCAGCACUGCCGGACAUUUGAAUCCUCUUCCCUCCAGCACAGUAAGUCCAUGUCCAUGCCUCUGUCCCACUCCCCACCCACAGCCACCCCCAGCCCUGUCAGCCUGUCCUCUUGCUCUGAAAGCAGUGCUCCUCGCCCCUCCAGCUGCAAUGCCUCCGUCUCUGGCUCCCCCAGUGAUGGCGGCUUCAUCUCCUGUGAUGAGUAUGGCUCCAGUCCUGCAGCCCUGUACCUCACUCGCCGCAGUAACACUCCAGAGUCCCUAAGGGCAGACACCCCCCCCUCCCGGGAUAGCAGCGACUUGCAUGGCUACAUAGUGAUGGAGAGGCAGAACCAGAACUGUUUCCGCCGGUUACCAGAGCUGGACAAGGCAUACCGGAAACGCACAUACUCCCUUACCACCCCGCCCCAGCACAGGGCGCCGCCCCAGGUCUCCUCCACCUCAUUGGAUGAAUACACGCUUAUGAGGGCCACCUAUACCAGUAGCGGCCAAUCGGGUCGCAGCUCUCACACCGCCUCCCCGAAAGUUACCUAUCCUGAGGACUAUGGCGAUGUCCAGAUAGGCUCCAACGGUCACCUAGGUGACUGUGGCUACAUGCCCAUGACUCCAGGCAUUGCCCCUCAGACAGGGUGGGUCAAAGGUGAUGCUUACAUGCCCAUGAGCCCCAUGUGUGUGUCGGCCCCCAAGCAGAUCAUCAACCCCCGCUCUCACCCCUCUCCAGCUGGGCUCUGCUCCCAUACCGACUCCCCUGGAAGCGUGUCUCUGGAGGACAGCGGCUACAUGAGAAUGUUCUGCGGGGCCAAGAUGUCUGUGGACAGCUCCGACGGUAAACUCACCAAUGGGGAGUACCUCAACAUGUCCCCUGUGGACCCCGUGGUCUCCCUCACCCCCCCAGACUACAUCCUCACAGACACUACCCACCAGCUUUACCCUCACCACAGACAGCCUUACUCCAUCAGUUCCCUAACCCGCUCUCUCAAAGCUCAGCCCCAGAGGAACGGUGUCACAGACACGGACCAGUACGUGGUGAUGAGUCUACAGAGGCAGAGGAUAGAAGAGGAGUCCAACUACUGUCCCAUCUCACCAGUCUCCAUCGGUACGCCCCCCACCAACACCCUCUCCUCAGCCCCCUCGAUCCUCAGAGCCAGCAGGGUGACCCAGGAGGGGGGUCUGGUCCACAGGGGGAGGGUGAGUCGGCCUACCCGGCUGGCCCUGGACUCUCUGAGGACACUGCCCUGUAUGAGCGAACACCCUCUCCCCUCUGAGCCCAGGAGUCCCGGGGAGUACAUCAACAUAGACUUUGGCAACACCACACGAUACCCGCCUGUCUCUACCAUGACUGAAAGCUCUGCUUCAUCGCUGGGCUCGGUGGACGGGCCGGCGAGGAGUUCCCCGCCACUCUCCGAAUACGUCAACAUCAACAUCAGCUCAUGCUCUUCCAAACACAGGGAUUCCCCUUCUUCAAUAGGGCGCAUGGAGCCGAGUCCUGUGCUCCUCGUGUGUCCCAGCCAGCCUCACAGAGAGGACCAGAGGGAGAGAGAGGAGGGGGAGGAGGAGGAGAGAGAGGAGGGGAAGGAGGAGGAGAGAGAGGAGGAGGAGGAGAGAGUCAUAGUGGAAUAUCCUCUCCAAAAGCAUGUGAGCCCUGUGUGCCCGGUUGGCGCUGUAAAAGACGACUACACUGAGAUGACCUUCAGUCCUACCAACCCCUCUGCCUCUCUCCCUGCCUCUCUGUGCCCCUCUGACUCCACCACCCCCCUGCCUACCAGCCCCUCUGCCUCUCUCCCUGCCUCUCUGUGCCCCUCUGACUCCACCACCCCCCUGCCUACCAGCCCCUCGUCCUGCAUCCAGAGACUCACCCUGGGGGGAGAGGGCAUAGUGGUGGUCCCCCCUGUCCCUGUGGAGUCCUUCCUCCUGGGGGGUCCCUCCAUCCCCCCCGUCAACCCAGACAGGGGGGCUAAGGUGAUCCGGGCUGACCCCCAGGGUCGCAGGCGCCACAGCUCCGAGACCUUCUCCUCCACAACCACGGUAACGCCAGUGUCUCCAUCGUUUGCCCACGAUGCCAACAUGCGGCACAGCUCGGCAUCGGUGGAAAACGUGUCGCGGCUGGUCCGGAGCUCGGAGGGCUCAGACGAGGAGUAUGGGAACAGCAACAGCCCCAUGUGCCGGGAGACGUCGGCAGGCUACCAAAACGGACUCAACUACAUUGCCUUAAACCUGAUGGAAGGGAGCCUGGGGGGCUGCAGCAGUCUGGGGGGCUGUGAGGGACUGCUGAGGUUCAAGGCAGCGUGUGGAUGCAAGGGGGGCAUGAACGGUUUCAACGCCAGCCCCUAUGCCACCAUGGGCUUCAAGGAAACUGCAACAGCAGUGAAAGGUGAGCCUCUGCCGAUUAUGUGUGUGCCUUUGCAUGCUUGUCAUGAGCCCAUUCAUUCAUCCAUGGCAUAGAAAUAGAAUGAAUAGAAAGGAUGUCUCCAUUUAAUUCAAUGAUGGCAUAAUGGUUGGACUAGACAUUUUGAGUGUAGCCAUGCCAGGAAGUAGAAGCAGGAAUCUUACCCUUCAAUGUGUGCUGUGAUUUAUUGAGUCAAUUCAACUGACAUUACGAAAAAUACAUUCCAUUGCAUGAGCUACAUCAAACUGUUUAGUGUUUAUGUUUGUUAUUGCAAGUCCGUUUAAACAUGUAUUUGGUGUAUACUGCUUAUAGUGAAACUACUUACUUCAACAUAGAUAUGAUUUAUUUCUCUAAACAUGAUUUAUUAAACAUGGCGGCUGAAAUGAUAAGUGUCGGUGCAAGUUGGAGCCCAAUGAGAAGUGUAGCGUAUUAGUCCUGUGAUGCAGCGUAUUCAGUGCAUAUAAACUGAUAUUUGGAGUAGCCCGUCACACACAUUCAGUACAUCAUUAAGGCCAAGGCUGCGGGAAAUACGCGUGGUGUCGUGAUGCAAAUGAUUGAAGUUGUUUGAAUUCUGUGUCAAUGUGUGCGCUCGAGUCCCAGCCAGUGUUUCCUGUGACGCAGUUAUUCUUCUGGACCAGACUACGCUAGUGCAAAUGUACGGAGACAGGAGAAAAUACCCCAACGCGUUGCUUCAAUGAUGCUAAAGAUUUUUUUGCUCAGCAUGCCAGAACAAUCCAUAAGGAAUAUAUCGGCCAGGUGGUUUCUUCAUUAUGUAACACAGUUAUAUGUGCUCUGAGAGGAUUAGGAUACGAGUCAGCAGAUAUAGUGGAAAGUAGGCUAAAACGGAUUCUGUUCAAAAUGAUCACAGAACAGAAAAUAAAUCGAUUUAGGGGACAAUUCACCUACCAAAUCACACUUCAACCCUGUCCGUAAAUAUUGAUGGGUCCCGUUUAAGGGAUGGGAGGUUGGGGAAACCAAAACAUUACCUUUCACCUCGUUCCUGGCUUAUGUCUACUGUAGUAUUAGUAGCCUGCUAUACAACAGUAAAUAACACACUCCCCAUAUAUUUGGUUUGGACAUUGAUGGUGAAAUAUACAUUACUUGUAGGCCUAUAGGCAGCGGUUACACAAUGUUGUGAUCUGCAAUGCCCUGGUAAAGAGAGUGCUCUCUUUCUCCUUUCCUCAUCUCCUUUCACUCUUCCUCUGUCUCCCUCUCUGGCUGUAUACCGUAGGGCUGGGUGCAGUCUGUGCACUGGGUCCCCCAGAAAAACAAGUGAGUCAGUUGUUUAUCACUUGUCAGGUAUUGGGUUUCAUGUUAGGAAUGCAGUGUAGAAAGGCUGCUGGGAGAUGUGAAUUUUCACUUGUUUUUCUAACCUACUGGGGGGAUUGCAGAUCACGUUGUUGUUUUACGGCGAGGAACUUUACAAAACAGACUAACACACACACUGCACCUGCUCUCGAGGAUUAAAAACCUAUGCACUGAUUGGCCAAACAUACUCAAUCAAGGGUGUGUGUUAAGAAGUAUAAUGUCAGUGUAUUUACUUAUUUUUGUGAAAUAAGGAAUUUCACGUGUGUUUGAGCAUGACUGGGGUUGCAGAAUUCUGGGAACUUUCAAUAAAUUCCCUGGUUUUCUCUGAAAUAGUGGUUGGAGUAUUCCCAAAAUCAGGAGGAAUAAGCACGAAAAUCCGGAAUCCUCCUGCUAGGAUUUCUGGAAAAUGUUGCAACCCUAAGCAUGUCUGCUGACUGAGUUGUUUUGUAGAUAUUGCAGUCAUUUCCACAAAGUUGAGCAGAAAGAAAGAUCUGACCCGAAGCUACGGAAGGAGAGGAGAUGGGGGAGGAGGAAUGGAGACAGAGGAGUGACAUGUAUUAGUUUGUUUUUCAAAAUCAGGACAAAACAGACCACAGUGGGAGGGAGGGGGGUAAGAACAGAGGAGGAGGGGAGACAACAAAGCAAGAGAGAAGGAGCAGAGUGGAUCCGGUACGAGUUGGCUGUGGCUGGUUAUUGCUUGGUUAUUUAUGGCAUUCCUGAAAAACAAAUGAUCAGCCGGAGAGAAAGAACAAAGUGUUUACCAAGAAAUUACAGGCUUUUCCACAUUCUUCCCUCAGCACCACAACGUGACUCGUAGUCAGCAUUCCACAUGCUCACAUUCAUUUGUGAUUGGCUGGAUUUGGAAUGCAAAUCAUUUUUCGGCUGAAUUGGCCUUUAUAUUUUGUGUGUGUGACAGCUGCUGUGUGUAUCUAUUUGUAGUUUACUCUGGCCUUGUGUUUGUAGGUUACUCUGGCCUUGUGUUUGUAGGUUACUCUGGCCUUGUGUUUGUAGUUUACUCUGGCCUUGUGUUGUAGGUUACUCU